GCCAAGAUCUGUAUCAUGAUGGAGCUGCAGAGGGAUCGAUCCAUCACGGCCGCCGUGGAAGUCUCCGAUAAAGAUAAGACAGAGAAAAUGUGGCGCCCAUUGUCGUAAAAGCUUGAACGACGCGUCGUCACUCUUCUUUGUCAUAACAUCCUUCAGGCGAUCUUAGUUUCAGCGGAGCCAAAACGAAUUUUCCGCAACCUUUUUACCCGUCACAUCGCCUCAUUUGGAUAGUAUUAGACUCAAUAUUCCUGUCGCCAAAUAGCGCGACCAAUACGUCAAAAAGCCAUUCCUUCCUCUUUCCACCCAUCAUCCACCACCGCCCGUUCGCCCAUGGUUGCCUUCGUCCAACGUCCCGCUCCCACUUUCAAAGCUGCCGCCGUCGUCGAUGGUCUUUUCGAGGAUGUCUCUUUGACAGAUUACAUCGGUCAAUGGGUCGUCCUCUUCUUCUACCCUAUGGACUUCACAUUUGUCUGCCCUACCGAAAUCCUGGCCUUCAACGACGCCCUAGACGAGUUCACGGCCCUCGACACCAAGGUUCUCGGCGUGUCCACCGACUCACAGCACUCUCACUUUGCCUGGGCCAACCAGCCCCGCAAGGAGGGCGGGCUCGGUCCCGACCUCAAACUGACCCUCAUCGCCGACCGAAAUAUGUCCAUCUCGCGCGAUUACGGCGUCCUUCUCGAGGAGGAAGGCAUCGCUCUCCGCGGCCUCUUUAUCAUCGACCCCAAGGGUAUCCUCAGGCAAAUCACUGUCAAUGAUCUCCCUGUCGGGCGUUCCGUCGACGAGACCAUUCGUCUCAUCAAAGCUUUCCAAUUCACCGACAAAUACGGAGAAGUUUGCCCUGCUAACUGGCAUGAAGGCGACAAGACGAUGAAGGCUGAUCCAAAGGGAUCUAAGGAGUACUUUUCGGCAGUGGGUGGUGAUGGUCCGAACAAGCGUGCGCGUCAGGCUUAAUCGCAGCUAAACGCAGGAGAGGAGUAUCAGUAAGAGGAAAGUGGAAUCUUAGACGGCGGCAUAGGUCUAGAUCGACGUUAUCUCAACUCAAUGUUCUUCUGUUCCCGUUGUAUGAUUAUCCUUCUGUUAAUGGCCAUACUACAAAGUAUUGCAGAUCUCGCUGUC